AGGUGGGGGUGGGGGGAGGUGAACGGGGGGAUGGUGGUGGGGGUGUUCACGGCCAGCUCGGCAUUCUGUGCUCGUGCAGGAAUUGGAGGGCAGCUAUCACCAGGGACGUGCACAGUUUUCCCCUCCCCCCUACCCCGUCCCCUCCCCCAACUCCAAAAAAACACGCCGUCUCCCCCUAAAAAAAAAAUACACUGCCCAUCCAGCCACCCCAAUAGCCCUGAGCCCACCUCUCCACGCCCAGGCCUCAGUGUUUCGGGCGUACGGGCAAGGGUCCCUGGCGGUGCUGGGCUGCAGGUCUCGAUAUUGUAGGGUGACAGUGGCGAAUGGUGGGGGAAGCCUUUUGCCAUCGAAACAGAACUUGUGCCGAGGACACUGCUGGAGCCGAUUUCUUUCUGUUUGGAGUAUCACUGAUCAGAGUUAUUCUGAUCGGAAGAAUUUGGUGUUUAAAAUCAUUAAGAUAAUUGCCUAAAUUGUUCAUGGAGUUUUUCAUCAGUAUGUCUGAAACCAUUAAAUAUAAUGAUGAUGAUCAUAAAACUCUGUUUCUGAAAACAUUAAAUGAGCAACGUCUGGAAGGGGAAUUCUGUGAUAUUGCUAUUGUGGUAGAAGACGUGAAGUUCAGGGCACAUAGAUGUGUGCUUGCUGCAUGCAGUACCUACUUCAAAAAGCUUUUCAAGAAGCUGGAAGUAGAUAGCUCAUCUGUAAUAGAGAUAGAUUUCCUUCGUUCUGACAUAUUUGAAGAAGUUUUGAAUUACAUGUAUACUGCAAAGAUUUCUGUAAAAAAAGAAGACGUCAACUUAAUGAUGUCAUCAGGUCAGAUUCUUGGUAUCCGGUUUUUGGAUAAACUCUGUUCUCAGAAGCGGGAUGUAUCUAGUCCUGAAGAAAAUAACACUCAGGCCAAAAACAAGUAUUGCUUAAAAAUAAACCGCCCCAUUGGAGAAUCUACUGACAAUCAGGAUGAUGAAGUAGAAGAGAUUGGAGAUCAGGAUGAUAGCCCUUCCGAUGACACUGUGGAAGGGACUCCCCCAAGUCAAGAGGAUGGUAAGUCACCCACAACCACACUUAGGGUUCAAGAAGCAAUCCUGAAGGAGUUGGGGAGUGAAGAAGUUCGAAAAGUAAAUUGCUAUGGCCAGGAAGUAGAAUCUAUGGACACCUCAGAAUCAAAAGACUUGGGGUCCCAAACUCCUCAGGGUUUAACAUUUAAUGAUGGCAUAAGUGAAGUGAAGGAUGAACAGACCCCAGGCUGGACAACAGCCACCAGUGACAUGAAAUUUGAGUACUUACUCUAUGGUCACCGGGAACAGAUUGCCUGUCAAGCAUGUGGAAAGACAUUUUCAGAUGAAGCCCGUUUGAGAAAGCAUGAAAAGCUCCAUACAGCAGACAGACCAUUUGUUUGUGAAAUGUGUACCAAAGGCUUCACCACUCAGGCCCACUUGAAAGAACACCUCAAAAUCCACACUGGCUAUAAGCCUUAUAGCUGUGAAGUGUGUGGGAAAUCAUUUAUCCGUGCCCCGGACUUAAAAAAACAUGAGAGAGUUCAUAGUAAUGAAAGACCUUUUGCAUGCCACAUGUGUGAUAAAGCCUUUAAACACAAGUCCCAUCUAAAAGAUCAUGAAAGAAGACACAGAGGGGAAAAGCCUUUUGUUUGUAGUUCCUGUACAAAGGCGUUUGCCAAGGCAUCCGACCUGAAACGCCAUGAGAACAAUAUGCACAGUGAGAGGAAACAGGUCCCCACUAGUGCCAUCCAGAGUGAGACUGAACAGUUGCAGGCAGCUGCUAUGGCGGCCGAGGCAGAGCAACAGCUUGAAACAAUUGCUUGUAGUUAGGUGUGUUCAUCAGGGGACAAAGGAAACAGGACUCUUUAAACCCAACAGGCAAUUACUGCAUAGACUUUAAGAUUAAACUGGUCACAAAUGAAUUUCUGAAGAUUAGUCACUGUAUUUUUGUGGAAAUUGUGAAUAGUUGUGAUUAAACUGAAGACGGUGCUUGGUUAGAUGCUUUAAAAACUUUGGGGAAAUAUUUCCUCAUAAUUCUGACCAAAUGGUUUUACUGUCGCACGUAUCAGAUUGUAGUAUAUCGCCAGUUUGCUGUUCAUUUUUAAAAUGGUUUUAAUUUGAGAACUCUUGUAUAAGUCAUAGAAGUAAAAAAAAAAGAAACAAAAAGCUUUCUUUUAAUUCCUAUCUUCCUACUGCAAUUGGAGUGUGUUAUACAGAAUGAAUAAUUGGGUAUAUUGAUUUCUUAAUCACUUUUUGUGACUGCUGGUCAAAGCAAAUUUUUAUUCCUUAGGAAAAACAACAGUGGGAACACUAAUGAAGCCCCUUCCCUAUUCAGAGAUCCAUGUUAGUAGCUGUUGGGGGGAGAUAUACAUGUUAUAGGAGGCACUGCCCAAGUAUAAAACUUCAUUUUGAAGCAGAAAAUAAAUGAUUGACCUUGGACUGAGCAAUCAAAACAUAUCUGUAGAAGUCAUGACAAUACAAAUUGAUAUUCACAUUUCGUUUAUGCAUUUUGUAAAGUUUUGUGUCUUUUCCCCCCUGUGUUUUUCUGUAAAAUCCAGAUAGUGGUUGCCUCGUGGUGAGGGUUCUUCAUCACUUUGUUGCUCCUCCCUCACUUAACCUGAUUUUCCUUCUCUACCUUCAUACUUACAUUGAAUUAGAUUGUACAGCAGGCUGUACGGCCCACUUGUUUAUUGCUAUGGCCAGAUAGUAAGCACUUGUUCUCUUGAGGCCAAGUUCUUAUAGCCUUCUUAUUUUGAGGUGUCUCUUUCUAUGUGAAGCGUUCUUGUUUUGAAAAGUAAGAGAAUGUUGUGAUGGAUAAUGGCAACUGAAUAAUAUGGCUCUUGGAAACACAUUUUUUUUGUGUAAUUAAUUGCCUACCAAUUUUCAUCAGAUUCAAUAAUUGCAAUUGAUUUUGAAUUAGAUUUUUAAAAAACAAUUUAAGAACAAGACUGUUUAAUAUAAAGUUGUUAAUAUUUGAAAGAAGAGUGAACUAAAUGCACUUCUUUAUAUACAUUUGUAUAGCUCAUCAGAAUUACAUCAAGUUAUUAAACUCUUUGCUGGACGUGAUAUGCCUAGUCAAGAAGCCACAAAGUUGCAGAAUAUGUAAAUUAAUAAUAAAAGUUUUUUUUAUUUUCA